GGCAUCCAGAGACUCACGCAUUCGGGUUUGCGUGUGUCACUCGAAUGCGUGACGAGGAAGUACGGUUCUUUGGCAACCGCGCCAACGUUCCAUUGGCCAUGGAACGGACUUCGGGUUUGCGUGUGUCACCCGUUGAUUGGCAAAUAAACCUGAGACCCGGGUAGUUGCGUGUGUCCCCCGGCGAGGUGGUACGGAUAUACUCUGAAAGAUUUGAGCUCGAGUCUGAUGAGUAUUUUUCCGAGGCGGAUGGUCGGCGAGGGGGAGUUAGCAUAGAGCUGCUUCGCCCGGCAGUCGGCGGCAUCGGGGAUCGAUGUCUGGAGUGGGUAUGGGAUGACCGGUACCGAGAGCCGUGAUAUCGGUGACCGAUGAGGAGUAUGAAGAUCACUUGAGGUCCUCGCAAACGAUUUUUGCUUGGACUGUUGCGCCUCGUGUUCGACACAGGCAUGAACGAGUUGUUGUAUUUACCUACGUGUGAUAUACACGUAGAGACGAUUGACGGACAUUGUUUGAGAAUGCUGAUUGAUUCAAUGAUGAUUGAUUUUAUUGAAAUAUCCCGUCGCAUGUAUAUGUAUAUUAUUGACUAUAUUGCUUGGCCGUUUUCAAUAAAAAUAGAAAUCUCGGGUUACACCCGAAUUCCUCCCUAAGCACGUAGCUUAGGACGUUGUUAUGCAACGUUUCAGGUCGUGAGCAGCAACAGUGACUGAGGCAGACACGGGACCCGGUGACAGCUAGACUUCCUGAUCAUUGACUAUGCCUCCACGACGUGCACGACCUGCGCCUAGACUCGGGGCAGCGGAAGCACCUAUCCCUAACCCCAUGCCAGAGGACUUUCAACAGUUCUGCGAGAGGAUGUGGCAACAGUAUCAGGGUCAGAUGCCACCUCCAGCAGCUGGAGCCAUACCUGCGGCUAGACCGGAGUAUGUUCCACCACCACCUCCACCAGGUCUGCCGACGUUUCACGCACCAGUAGGCGUGGAUUACCUUGCACUGAUCAAGGAACUUCGAGCCAUGAACACCCCGAGGUUUGAGGGUUCUCAGAUUCCUGAAGUUGCUGAGGACUGGUUGGUGCGGAUCACACAUGACUUUGAUUAUCUACGGUGUCCGCUACAGUAUCGAGCAGAGAUAGCGAGCCACCAUCUGUUCGGACAGGCUCGCCACUGGUGGGAUGGAGUUGUGCGCGACACUAUUCUUGGACAUCAGUUCACAUGGGAUGAGUUCCGAGCUGAGUUCGAGGAGAAAUAUUACAAGCGACAUGACCAGGAACAUCGCCUCGUGGAGUUCAUCAAUCUCCAGCAGGGUGACCGUUCUGUGGGCGACUACGAGGCAGAAUUUACCAGACUCUUGCGAUAUGGAGCUAAUCUUGUUCCGACCGAGCGACUGAAGAUUCAGAAGUUCAUUGCUGGCCUACGCCCCUCUCUGCGGAGGAAGAUUGAGGUGCUGGAAUAUCCUACCUUUAGCCGAUACAUCUGUCAACUCGAGAAGAUGGAGCGAGGAGAGCGUGAGGAGCAGGAGGAGGCCCGAAUCCGAGACCGGACUCCCGCCAAAAGAUUUUUCCUUGGUCGACCUUCCACCAGUACUGACCAGACUAGUCAGUCCCGAGACAAGGGGAAGGCAACGACAGUCCGAUCACCACUACCACAGUCGACCCAGAGGAGGCCUUGUCCCCGAUGCAGGCGAAUCCACUUUGGACCAUGCAGUACUCCUCCGACAUGUUACCAGUGUGGACGAUCGGGUCAUAUUGCGACAUACUGCCCGGAAAAGGGGACCGCCCCGACGAACGCCAAACCUCUUCGCGUUCAACCUUUACAACAGUCUGGCGUUGCACCGAGAGUUUACGUGUUGGCGGCAGAGGCCGAUACUCAGGGUGAGGAGUACUACGUUGAGGAGCCAACCGCUGAAGAUACUGUUGCAGAGGAGGACUCCGAGCAGACCGAUGCUGCCGCUAUUAGAUAUAUAUGA